UUCUUGCCGAUUUGUACUUGUUGCAUGCCCUCUAGAUGCUGAUUUGCAGGCCUUGGCUGCUCAUCUCGUUCUGUUCUCUAAGGAAGGAUUUGCAGACUUUGCUCAUCUCGUUUUGUUCUCUCGCGAUUGCAGAAGAUGGUGCUGAAGGCGGAGCUGCAUGACGACAAACAGAAGGUGAAGGCGGUCAAAUCACUCGCCGUUCUACAUGGAAUCGAAAAGAUCAGCGUGAACAUGAGGGACGACAUGAUCACGGUCAUCGGCCUCUUUGACCCCAUCGACGUGGUGGCCAAGCUACGAAAGGUGUCCACGCACGUCUACAUCAUCUCCGCCCGGCCUGAAAAUGAGGCGUACGAGCUUACUUUCGGGUACCUGAACCGUAUCACAGAUUUUUUUUCUCCGAGGAGCGUAUCUUUGGUCACGGUGGGCACGGAGUGGUUUACAAGGUACUUGUAUGAUUACUACUCUACUUAGCAUCUUUUGUUUUCUGUGAAACUCAUCACACAGACAGGAAAUGAUAACAAGCGCCCUCUGGCACUUGCAGCACAUAAACUACAGUCUAAAACGAAAACAGAGCAACAUUUCUCAUCUACGGCAAUAUUUCUCUUCAAACUUAUACAUUUCUUCCUACCAUAAGA